AUGAUCAGACAGAUCCGGGGUCGUUCCACUCGCUCUAUCUAUCUGGUUCUGGCGUGUCUGUCCCUGGCUCUCCACCUCCUCUUGGCUUUUUUCUGUCUCACCGUCCUCCAGACCGCCUGUGUCCCCCCCGCCUCCUCUUCAUCCUCCGUUGGAAGAGCAGAUACUCUGCAGCGUCAGUCUAGCUCCCACUCCUCCUCCUCUUCUUCAGCUGCCUCUUCUUCACACAAACUACCCACGAUACCCCAGAAUGCAAAGCAUCUACAGUUGACUGCCAAAGAGUUACUCCCUAAAGACAAAGACUCUUACAACGAUGCCACUGAAAAGAAACUAAUUCAAGUUGGAAAAGUUAUCCAAAAGGUCAAAGGUCAUUCCAAACUUGAGGCUUUGUUCAAGCACCCGCUGUACAACCUACCGCGCCCAGAGCUGCAGGAAGACGAUUGGCUGCUAAGGGUGAAGCCAACUACGCAUGCAAAAGAUUCAGGAAAUGAAGAAGACUCCAUCAAUUAUGAUAGCCAGUGGUGAGUGAAACAGACGGAGAAAAUGUGUUAAUCAUUUAUGGGUCCACUAGAUUAUAUAUUAACAAUGCUCCUGGAUUCAAGUUCUCCAAAAGGCGGUGAAGUUUGAGAGGUAAUAGUCUGGUUUCUAAACACUUGCCUCUGAAAUGGAAAUUUUAAAAUUUGAACUUCCCAAACAGACAGGAUCAGGAGCCUCUCUUUGUUUGCCAUGCUAAUAGCACAGCUCCACAGAUGCCAAAUGCAGUCAGUCCAAUUUGUUCUCAGCUAAAAUAACCCAACUGGUGCAAUGAUUUCCAAGAAAAUCCAUCCAGACAUUCAUGACGCCAAGAAAAGUAAGCCAGUCAACUAAAGUAAAUGCUCAAAGUUCUUCUUAGUGUCAUUACUGAUUUGAAUGUUUUUUAUAAGUGUUGUUUGUUUUUAUCCAUGUUGCUACACCAAACUUACUGCAAAUACUGUAGUGUAUGACUCCAUUUCUAAAUCCAUCUAAAAGGGAUGUUUUGAAGGGAUAUUCCGGCGUAAACACACCAUAGCACCGAGUUAGACACCCUCUCGAGAGAUGAAUGUUGCCGACCGCUUGCUUUUCUGUUAUACUAUUAUCAUUUCCUUGAAGUAAUAAAAACCAUAUUAAUCAUUUUGCACUGCAGAUGCGGUAGUUCUUCUGCCUUAGCGUCUCGGUCUGAUUGCACUUCCAUGAAGAAAUGAUCAUAAAUGUUCUUCCCUGAGCUGCGUCACCCCACUGCAGUCUGUAAUUGACUGGCCUGAGGUCUCCAUGCAAACAAGUGGCUGCUGGAGGAGAGCAGGUGACUUGUGUUUAGUCUCUUUGCUAAAGAAAUCAGGCAAAGUUAAAAUUUUGUUUGGUGGCUAGUGCUAUGGCUGGGACCCUAUAUGUACUGUUGAUGAAGUUAGGUGCUGUUAUGAGCAUUAUUUGUGGCUACAGAGUGGCGUUCUGGUUGAGGUUUGUGUGUGGCUCCUAAGACGGCUGUGUAUUGCUAUCCCGCGAUUGUUACUAAAGUUGGUUUAACUAGAGAAGCAAGUGGUCGGCAACAUUCAUCUCUCGAGGGGGUGUCUAACUCUGUGUUACGGUGGUUUUGACCCUAAAUUAAUUUUACGCAGGAAUAUCCCUUAAAGUUACAAUCUGAUUUUGGCCUAUUUGAUUUGUUUUAUCCUUCUUUAUCUUUGGUUGUCUUGAUCUUUUUGUUUUGCUUUCGUCCUCCUCAUUUCUGCUGCUUCUGCAGCUUUUUGUUAUUAACUCGCCAUCAUUUCAUUAACUGUAUUUCUCAUGUUUCUCUUAUUCUUUAUUUAUUCUUAAAGCAUUUUGUAAACCUAUUUUUGCUAAGUGCUGCAUAAAAAAGUCAAUUGUUCUUUAAUGAUAUUUUCAAGUAAGGAGGAAAGAAAAUGUGCCACACUAAAAUGCAAUCAUUGUGCUCCACAGAGGACACCGAAAACUGAUCUAAUCCAUCUCUCACCGGAGCUUUAACACGAGAGCUGAAAACAAUUCUCGCUUGAGCAGUCAGCCUCAAGUGGACACUUGGGGAACUGCAGGUUUUGGCACUGUCAAGUUUCAAGCUUUUUUUAGUCAAAAACUGCAGUAUGUUGGUACAUAUACAGGAAUAGAAAAAGGCAUUUCUCUCCAGCCCACAGAGCAAAAAUACGGAGAAGGCACAAGAGAGAAGAGCAUUAAUGCUUGUGCAUUAGCUUAAAAAGAAACAAAGAUUUAAGGCAUAGCAUAUUUUUAAAAAUCCAAGAAUCUUCCUUUCUCCACCUCUCGCCCUAUCAGCGAUUUCAUCCUCACAUUUUGUUUAUAGCACUGAGCUAAUCUGAAACAACACCCUCUGAUCUACAGUUUGAUUCUUAUUUUUCAACUCCUCUUCCUCCCCUGCAGGGAGAGCGGCAGCCAGGAGGAAGGCUACGACAAACUCAAUUGGACGAGUGACGUGGAGACCCAUCCUCCUUGGCUGAGGUUCCACCUGGGUAUUUCUCGCUGGGAGCUGUACGACAGGAAGGAUCCCAACCUGGCCAAGCUGUCCCACUAUUUGGCAACACAGCGUAUUCUUGGUGUUGGUAAGGCCAAUGAGGGGGGAGGGGGGCAGGUCCAAAAGGUCAAUGGAUAGAGAGAGAAAAAGGAGUGUGGAAGGCAAGGAAUCAGGGAAAAGGAAGGUUUUAUAGGGGGAGUGUCAUCUUAAUUUCCCCAAGAAUACAUCCUUAAGUGUCAGCUAGACAGAAUUAAAUCUUUGGCACACUAAAACCACAAGAAAACAUACCGCCAACAUCGUUCUCUUAAUGUUAUCCAUGUCCUGCCAAGAUCUGCAUAUCCCACUUAUGUAAGAAGCACUUUAUUUAGUUAUUUCACUUUUAAAAAAUCUAAAUUUGUUUCUGUACUGUCACUGUUUCCCAGUGUUAUGUUCUCAUGAGUAGCAGACAAACACAGUGCUUCAUCUCAGAUAACAAAGCUGCUCCAUAAAUGAAAAUGAAAUUUAGAAACUAACCUAAUACUUUACCUGAAUUGUCCUUUUAGAGUUGCGGCUUAAAUUUUUUACGAUCACCCCUCUUGAUACAUUUAAAAGUCACAAAAAAGCUGCUUUCUCAUCUAAACUCUAAUCCCUCUGUACAAACAAACUGCUCUGCAUUACAGCCAGAGGCAACACAGAGUAUUCACUUAAGUUUCCACUCACUGAAUACUGUAAACUCUGCCGAAGUUCAUUUCUAGACCAGCAAAAAUGACAUUUUCAGACAGAAUUCCACUUAAAGUUACAUGUUUUGGGUGAUGAAUAACUGAGGCUCUGAUAAUACUUUAAAAGUCAUACAUAUUCAAUUUUCUUUUACACAAAUUUACACAGAAAAAAAAAUAUAAGCAGGAGGAUUAAGCACUUUGUUUGAUGACCUGCAAAUCCUCCCAGUCGGAGUUUGAGUUUAGGGAGGAGGAAAAGCAAACAGAGGAGAGAUGAGCGAAGGUUAUUCAUCCACUGACAGUGUUUUAUAUAUGAAAGUCGGCAUAACAUUAACUAAAUGUUACACAAACACAGCUGCAGUAAUGAUUAUCACUGAUGCUUAUUGCUUACAGUCGUAUUAACCAUACUUGAUGCUGAUAAAAAGACUCAUUUCUACAACAGUUAUCAUCAUUCACAUUCAUUUUAUGACAGUUAAAAACAUCAGAUAACUCUCAUUGUUAUCAGCAUUUCUACUGUAGCUCUGUAUUAUUGUUUUUGCUGUUAGCAUACUAUCCAUCCAUCUAUUAAUUUAUCAUGUACUUUGCAUAUCCGACUUUGUCUCCUGUCUUAAAUUCUGCCUCUUAGUUUUUCUGUGUCUUCUUGUACAUUUCAAAAUUUUUCUUCCUGUCUUUUUGUCUUUCAUGUCCCCCCCUGCCCAUCUCACAGUUCUUCAUUAUGUCUACCUGGAUAUUUUGACCGUCUUCAUGUCUCUCUGCUCGUCUUUUGUCUUUUUCUCAUCUUGUCUGUUGUGUGUCUUUGUGCCUCCCUGUCUCUCUUUUUUUGGUCUGUAUGUCUUUCUUGUGUGUCUUCAUAUCUUCUUUAUUGUAUUUUGUGUCUUUAUGUGUCCCUUUCUGUCCUCUAGGAUUUCUUUGUGUUGCCCUGGCUGUCUUAUGUGUCUCUAUUGUUUUUGUCAGUUCUGUAUAUCUUUAGUCUUGCUGUUUGUCUUAUGUGUCCUCUUGUUUCCAAUUUUGUCUUGAGUGUCUCUCUGUCUUGAGUCUUUUUAUUUUCCUUUAGCUCUGUGAGUCUGACUUGAGUGUAUUUCAUUCCCCCCAACUUGUUUUUUCCUUGUUUUUUAGACUUUAUGUCCAUCUGUCUCAAUUUCGCCCACUUAUUGAUCAGUAUCGCCCUGUUCCUGACUUCAAUUUCCUGACUCUCUGCCUUACCGUCUGUCUUCUAAUGUUUUUCUGUCCAUCUCCUACUUUGUCUUCCCGUUUCCUUGUCAUUCACUUUGUCCUUAUGUCCCACUGAAAUUCUGUCUAUUCAUCAGUCUAUCUAUCUCUUAGCUUGUCUCUGCCUUUCCAUCUCCUUGUCGUCUCCAUGCCUAUCUCUGUGUUUGUCCCUGUCUUCAGUUUUGUCUGUGUCUCCAUCUUCCUAUUUUCCGGUCGUCCCUAAAUUUUUAUCAGUCUCUAUUGCUGACCCUCUCUUCUCUCGGCUAGUCUGGCAGAUGGUCGUCCACAAAAGCGUCUGGCUCUCUUUGAGGUUUCUACCUAUCAAAUUAAGUCUUUGUCAUUUUAACUGUCGCCAAGUGCCUGCUCACUGGUACAGCAUGUGUUAUUUACUUUUUUACAGAGAGGGUGCAGAUAAAAGUAAGUUUUUGAGACUGUGGAAAUGGAUGGGGUUUGAAUGAGUUGUACCGGACAAAACUUUUCAACAACUUGGAACACCAUCAGCUUUGCAGAACUCCAAUCUUGCAUAACGCAAGUUCACAAUAAUUAAGAAAGAAAAUGGGCGAUGGAUUAUGUAAAAGAACGAUAAUGUAAUGCCUGAUGCCUGUUCAUUAAUAUAAUCCUCCCACUCACCCCUCACACGUGGCAUGCACACACAAAGAGGCGCAACUUCACAGCAUCAACACAAGCCCAUAUUUACUGGACUUCCUCCUGUCGGCAUGGCACAUGAUAACCAAACCAGUCUGCUCUCUUCGGUAUUGAUUUGCUUUACUUGAAAUGAGAAUGAGUGCUUCAUUUCAAAAAACCCCUCAGUUGUCUGAAGUGUGAGUGAGUCAGCUUGAGCUUUUUUGGUCCAAAAAAUGUGUCUCAGCGUCUGAUUCACACGUUUGAGGGUGCGAAAAUGCAUUAAAAAUUACAAACAGGCUCAUGAUACACUGAGUUCUUCUAGCCUGGAGUGAUGCAGGAGUAAAACUGCGUCCAAACGCUCAGUUCAGAGACACACCAAAGACCACAAACAUGAUUCAUAGAUUAAUAUGAAUAAUGCACCAAGGGGGGAAUAAAAAUGUUGCUGUGAAAACAAUUUCACUUAGUAUUUCAUCCAUGUCCUGCUGCAGCAGUGAACAAAACGUGUGAUCCAGUGGCAAUUGGAAGUAUAAUUAUGUAACAGGCCGCCAAAUGGCUAAAAAAUUGUGCUGAAUAGUAAUAGAUAGAUUCACACCAGAGUACUACAGCAGCCAUCUCAAGUGCCUUUUCCUGUUAAAACAGUAAGCCUUGUGUGUUUCUUGUCAUUUUUAUACUGUCUAUAAAACAGCCUUGUUAUUUUCUUUUUGCAUAUCUUACAGUUCAGAAAACUGGAGGCACACAGCUCAAACUGCUCAUGUCGUUCCCAAACUACGGACAAGCUCUGCUGAAACCCAUGAAGUAAGGACAGAUUGUUUCUGAAAACACAAAUAAAUGACUGACUCAUGAAAGCCAGGCUGACAGGCUGUUUGUGUUGUUGCAGUUCAGCUAUGUUGACAGCUGAGUCUUACCUGGAGGUUUCUCUGAAAACAGGAAAGCUCAGCAGAGCAGGACUGUUGUGCUGUCCUUUAUACUUUAUAAGCUAGAGGUGAGGGAGAAAAUCGAAACUGGGAAUCAAUCGCUAAGAAUUUGUGUGCUAGUGUUAAAGAUUUUUGUUUUACCUUUUGGUUCUUUAAUUUAAAAAGCUUUGCAGUUACCUAGAAGAGCACAAUAUUGAUCAGAACUAAAUGAUUACCAAGGAAACUUUAAAGCUCAUGUGAGGACUUUUUAGUGGUUAUAAAACAGGCUGAACAAAGUGAUUAAAUCAUAGUUUUAACCAACAAAAGAAAACAACACCAUCAUAAGCAUUAAAUUUCCCCUCAAGAAUAAAUAAAGUUUUUCUUGUCUUAUCAAUUUUUUUUUUUUUUUUUGAAGAAUUUCUACCUUGGCAAGUAAAGGAUGAAAGGUAUGUGUAGUUAAAAGAUGCAUAACUGUGUCUACAGGAGUGCACCAAACUUAGCACAAAUCUAAAGCGACAUACAGCAGCUUUAAAGCUCCUGUUAGUAAUUUUACUGUGGUGGUUUUAAGGAGCCUCUGUUGACAGAGUAGUACAUGUUAUCUCUCCUUAAUUUGUUCUUUACAUGUGAAAGUAGUUGUUUUAAAAAAGAAAAAAAAUCAUUGUGCUUUCUUCAAAUAGUCAAAAGUAUACUUUAAAGUGGGUGAAUUCAUCCAUUCACAAAGAAAUAAACUUUUGAUAACAAUGAAACUAUUAAUUAUACUCAAAAUGAAUGAAAAUUAACUAUUAAUUUAACAUUAUCAUUAAAAUUUGAUCCAAGUCCAACAGUUUGUCCAACCUACUGCUGUAAUGGAGAGGGUCCAUAUGAUCUAAGUCCAAUGAGAGAUUGAACCCAAACACAAAAUAUACCAUGUGAGAGCAGGGUUUGGAUCUGACUUCCUUUCGGGAAAACAACUUCAGUUUACAUUCUAUUAUGGUAGUCAGAAAAUGUAUCACAAAACUGCUCUCAGUCUUUUUCAUAGAAGUAAAAAAAAAAAAAAAAACCCUCACUGGAGCUUUAAGUUUCAAAACAUACCAUAUCAUUUACAAUCUUGCAAUUCCCACCUCUGAUGUAUUUUAGGAUAACCUUUGCCAUUUUGUUUUUGUCUAUGUUUUGUCACUUAAAGACAAGCCAGAGAUGCAGAGACAGAUGUAAACCUCUUUUACUUCUCAGACUUUGAAAGACACAAUGCAGAGAUCGCUGCUUUUCACCUCGACAGGUAAGGAAUCUAACGUCCUGCUAGGUUGAUUAUUGACUGUAUUCACAGCUGUUCUCUUCAUUUGACAUGAAAAAUGUGUCUUUUCCCUGACAUUUAAAUAUCAUAUCAAUGCUCCUUAACUGAUCAGCAACUGAAAACACACUGUAUAAAGAAAAUGCUAGUAGAAACCAGGUUAUAUUGAGAGCUAAAACUAAAUACAGCUAUAGUUUGACGAUAGCUAAUGUUAGCAUUCAAACACUGUUAGCAAAGAAAAGGCUAAAAAUUUGCUGUGUUUGUUCAGCAGUGCUAUUGGACAGCGCAGGACGGGGCAAAUUUACAGCUAACAUUACAUCCAAGAUAUUAUUUCUAGCUAGCACAAUGGCAACAAAGUGGUUGACAGAUAGCAUUAGCUGUUAGCGCACAGUAGUAUGUUCUUGCUCAUGCUAGCUCUCUCUUUCUUUUGGGGGCUCCUUUCUCUCUAUCUGCUACUGUUCCCAGAGUACUUGGCUUUAACAGGAUCCCUCCAGUGGUAGGUCGACUUAUUAACGUCACCACGGAUAUCAAAGGAAUCACCACCGACCACAGACUGUCCAGAACUUUCUUCACUUCACCUGGUGCGUUUUCACAAGUAAAUCUGUCAUAAACUGUUUUUACCGUUUGCUAAACUCACACUGCUAUCUCUAUGACGGCCUGCAGCUGGAAACGUUUGCUUCUAUGGCCAGUGUGAGUAUUAUUGUUCGUCAGAGCACCCUGUCUGUGGUACACCACACGCUCUGGAGGUUUCCCUGGCUGCCAUGCUCCCUGAUCUGACCUUAGCUCCCCGCAGAUCCUGGAGGUCACCGUGGAGGCGUUCUUACAGCCGCACCAAGCUGGCAAAGUAAGCAACCUGCCAGUUUCUAGAUAUCAAAAUUGUUUGAAUCAUGCUCUCUUUUAGAUUUUUAAGUAUUCAUUAAUAAUGAGCAUGUGGAUCUUUAAAGACCAACGGAAUAUGAAUACCAACUUGGCUUUUGUUCACAGCAUGAGAAAAAAAACCUGUCCACUUUAACUAAUUUUUUAAAAUAUUGUAUUCAAAAUUUGGACUUAUGGUGUUAUAAUUUUGCAUGCAUUGCUUUGUGUGUGUGUGUUUGUCUUGUUGCUUGUUGAUUAUGAGGUUGAGGUGUGAGGUUUUUGGUUUUCAGUCUUUACUGACCUCCAGUGGUCUAAAUGAGCAACUGCAACAUUUAAUUAGAAUGGGCCCCACAUAAACCCUUUUAAUGUCAUGGCGAUUAGUAUUGGUUGUUUCUGUAGCAGUUGAUGUGCAAUUAUGAGACUGUUUGAGGACCAUGUGUACAUUUCAGAGAUGGUGUGGAGACAUUUUCCUCAUACAGGAUUUUGGUUUUGUGUUUUUUGUGCCCUUGUUAACGUGUCUGGGUGAUUUUUUUUAUCACAAGGCUGAACUAAAAUGAUCAUAAACAGCCUAAUAAAAUGAGUUUUAAGUACAACCGAGUACUAGGCCUACGUCUAUGAAUAAAAAUGGAGAAUAAAGUCACAGUUAGGUCAAAAUUAAGUUGAAAUAACACAAGAAUAAAGUUUGGUGGGGGAAAUAGCGUAUUUGAGGAGCAGCCAGCUGCCUGUAUCAAAAUAGCAAAUGUGGAGCAUCUUGUUAAAUCAAAGUAGAACCAUUGGAAACACCACCUCCUUCAUUUUUAGAGAGGCGGCUUGUUGCUCAUCUAGUAACCCAUUUCACAACAGUACUAAAAAACUUUUUUUUUGUAACAUUAGGACUUUUUUCUCAUGAAACAAUGACUUAGUUCUUGUGACAUUAUGACUUUUUUCAAGAGAUGUUUUUUUUUUUUUUUUGAUUAAUGUGGCUCUUAUUAACCAAUGUAUUUAAGACACUUUCUGGCACUUCCUGUGGACAAAGCGGUCUCUUAAAUAUCGCUUUCUGACAAAAAUGUUCAUCCUACUGGCUUCUGACAGUCAAGUUAAUUUUUUGUUUAUAUUCAAUAUGAAAAAUGUCCACUGUCACCUAUCCCUUUGCACAGAUGAGUCAUUAGACAUUACAGUUCUGAAUUUGUCAUUCUUUGUGAUGAUGGUUUUGUUUGCUUUUACACAACCAUAAAAAUGUUUUAAGAUAAAUUUCAGUGCAAAAGCACAAAAAGUCAAAUUAAAUGUUCUUUUGUUAUAAAAUCACUAUCCUUGUCUUUUUUUUCCAGAUGGGAAAAGGACCCAAACUACUGUGAUACAGUAAAACAAACACCGCCGUACAGCCAUGGCACCAGACUAGUGGACCUUAUAGACAUGGCUGUUCUGGACUUCCUCAUGAGUCAGUGUUUAUAUUCUAAUAUCAACCUUGUUAGUUUGCGACCUACCAAAUGACUAAAUUAAAAUUUAAGAAUACAGCUAUAAAUACAAAUGCGCUGAAUUUUCAUCUCAACAUCAGUAUGUUUGUGUUGUUGAUAUGAAGUUAAUGUUUUCCAUUCAAAGGCAACAUGGACAGACAUCACUAUGAGACGUUUGAGAAAUUUGGGAAUGAGACUUUUCUGUUACACCUGGAUAAUGGGCGGGCGUAAGUACAAUUUAAUUGUUGUUACGAUUGUAUUCUUUUAGCAUCGACUUACUGAUGUGUGUUUUCCAGGUUUGGGCGACACUCUCAGGAUGAGCCAUCAAUCUUGGCUCCUUUGAAACAGUGUUGCAGGUAAAACAAUAAGAAAUUCGCUUUUUGAAGACCUUCCACUCCAAAAACUUGUAGCGAAUUAAACGUUACCUUUGUUUGUAGGAUCCGCCGCUCAACCCUCCUCCGCCUGCGCCUCUUGUCCCUCCAAGGUUUACGUCUAAGUGAUGUCAUGCAAGAGUCUCUGCUACAGGACCCUCUGGCCCAGGUGGCCCCUCUUCUCUCUGAAGCGCACCUCUCUGCUCUGGACCGCCGCCUCGCUACCAUCCUGCAGGUGGUGCAGACCUGUCAGAAGAUGCAUGCAGAUGUUAUUUAUAAUGACUUAGAAGGAUACGAACAAGACUAUGAUCCACAGCCCCACUAA